AUGGCUCGUGGCCCGGUUCCAAUCGAACAAUCCGAGUUUGAGAAACAACGGCUCGCGAACAUCGCCGAACGAGAUGCACUGCUCAAAAAGUUGACACAAGAAGCUGCCGCCUCUGGGCUGUACUCGAAGCCAGCUAAUGGUGGACCUCAAAAUGGCACGAAAAGAGCCGCAAAAUCGAAGCAGCCACUGGCGAAGCGUGUCAAGAAAGAGCUUGAUGUUGCCCCUCGGCGGACUUCGAGUCGGUUAGCAGGCAUACAAGCGGACAGUGAGGUUGCGAAAGAGAAAGCCGAGAAAGAAUACGAGCAAGCGAAACAAGUGGAGAGGGAGAAGAGACAGAGAGUUACUAGCGACCUGAACUUCGCCAACGGCGGGACAAACGGUCUCUUCGGGACAGACGUCAUCCUCAAAGGUGUCGCAAAACCUUACGAGCGGACGUUCGAUGACACGGAUGUCAAAAAGACGACCGACAAGGAUCUCAAGAAACUCCGUGAAAGGAUGUCCUCGCUAGAAAUCUGGGAUGCGUGGGAUCCCAGUCGAAUCAAGAUCACACCUGAACGGAUUUACUCUAUGGCCUUCCAUCCCACCGCAACAAAACCAAUCGUCUUUGCUGCGGAUAAAAUGGGGAACCUAGGGAUUGUGGAUGCAUCACAGAGACCGUCUAAGGCUGUCAAGCAAGAAGAAGCAGACGAGGAUGAAGACGAUCCCGGUCCUGAUAUCACCACGAUUAAACCACAUACCCGGACUAUUUCCUCCAUGCACACUCAUUCGUCAAAGCCAGAAACGCUCUAUACGGCGUCCUACGACUCAUCCAUUCGGGCAACGGACCUACAGAAAGGUGUCGCGGUUGAGGUCUACGGUCCGACAUCAAGAGAAGAAGAUGAGCCGGUCUCGGGCAUCGACAUGGCAGCCACAGACCCUAACACCCUGUAUUUCACAACCCUGAAUGGCGGGUUCGGAAAGUACGACACCCGCCAAGCGCCUUCGACGGUCGAGGUCUACCAACUCUCCGAGAAGAAGAUCGGAGGCUUUUCAUUAAACCCAGCGGCGCCGCAUUAUCUAGCAACCGCGUCUCUGGACCGCUUCAUGCGAUUGUGGGAUUUGAGGAAGAUGACAAAAAAGCUUCCAACACUGGUUGGAGAGCACGAGUCACGGUUGAGCGUAAGUCAUGCAGCCUUCAAUACUGCGGGCCAGGUUGCUACCACGAGUUAUGAUGAUACAAUCAAGAUACACUCGUUUGGAGCACGUGGCAAGGCUGGAACAGAUGCCCUCGAGAGCAUGAAUACCUGGAAAUCCGGUACGACGCUCGAGGACGAUGUCAUGAAGCCCGAGACUGUGGUUAGGCAUAACAACCAGACCGGUCGAUGGGUUACAAUUCUUCGUCCCCUUUGGCAGCGGUAUCCAUCAGACGGCAUUCAGAAAUUUGUGGUCGGUAACAUGAACAGGUUUGUCGACAUCUACAGUGCUGAUGGCACCCAACUAGCACAGCUAGGUGGUGAUGGCAUUACUGCCGUCCCUGCCGUAGCCGUCUUUCACCCAUCCAAGGACUGGGUCGCGGCUGGCACUGCCUCCGGCAAAUUGUGUCUAUGGAUGUGA